GUCAAGACACUUUGGCGAAAACUCACAAUGCACAAUGAGCGAAUUUAAACGAUUGGUUGUGAGAAACCUUCCCUGAGCUAUAUGAUGCCAGGGAUUGGAGUCCAUUUAAAGAUUAAAAAGGCAGGGUGAACGAAAAUGUCCUGUCAUGAUGGAAUGCCACUGAACCUGAUUAAAGAUCAACUUUGAUCAUAAUCUCAACAAACCAAGCGAGAGAGACGAUGAUACGGUUUAACAGAUAGGGCGGUCGCCUCAGCACCCAGGGCAUUCUGUCACUGCCCGUUUCCAUUAAACUGAGGACCAGAAUCUUAGAAGCAGAGCUCAGGAAGAAAAAGAAAAAAGGGGGAGAACUUUCAUUUAACUAUCCCCUCUCAUCCUGUGUCUUUACAAGUCCUCUCGGCCAUGGGUGAGUGGACAAUUUUGGAGAGGCUCCUGGAAGCUGCAGUCCAACAACACUCUACUAUGAUCGGAAGGAUCCUCCUCACAGUGGUGGUGAUCUUCCGAAUCCUAAUCGUUGCCAUUGUAGGGGAGACGGUCUAUGAAGAUGAGCAGGCCAUGUUCAUGUGCAACACUCUUCAGCCAGGCUGUAACCAGGCCUGUUAUGACAGAGCAUUCCCCAUCUCUCACAUCAGAUACUGGGUCUUCCAGAUCAUACUGGUGUGCACACCUAGCCUCUGUUUCAUCACGUACUCUGUGCACCAGUUGUCUAAGCAGAAGGAGAAACAUUUCUCCAUGCUCUGUCCACUUCUGGAUCGGGAUUCUGCCAGGGCAUCCAUGGAACAGAAGGAGGAUAAAAGGCCGAAAUGUAGUCUUGUCAAUGGGGCCCUAGGCCAGAGUCCUGAAGGACAUCCAAAGGCACUGGAUGCAGACUACAUAGAGGGCAAGAAGCUGUCUAAUUUCUCAGGUUGGAUCAGUAGCAAAAGCAUGAAGAUGAAACGUCAGGAGGGCAUCUCGAGAUUUUACAUUAUCCAGGUAGUCUUUAGGAAUGCCUUGGAGAUCGGCUUCUUGAUGGGACAAUACUUCCUCUAUGGGUUCAGCGUUCCUGCAAUCUUUGAGUGUGACCGGUAUCCAUGCGUUAAAGAGGUGGAAUGUUAUGUGUCCCGGCCAACAGAAAAGACAGUCUUCCUGGUCUUCAUGUUCGCCGUCAGUGGCAUCUGCGUGGCUCUGAACCUCGCGGAGCUCAACCACCUGGGCUGGAGGAAGAUCAAGGCGGCUGUCAGAGGGGUACAGGCCAAGAGGAGGUCUGCGUUUGAGGUUAGGAAGAAGGCCCUGCCGUAUUUCAGCAGCCAGGGGAGGACCCAAUCCAGUGAGUCUGCAUACGUCUGAGUGGCGUUUGUCCCUUUAAACCCAAAGCCAACUAAGUAUCUUGGAAGGAAUACCUCACCUUGGCAAAAAAUCUCUGUUUGGUUCAUGGCUGCGGUGUUUCUUUGUAAAAUGUGCCCUGUUAGUAAAGAAAUUUAAGUAGCUUGAAGGGACCUCACAUCUAAUGGAUCUCAGGAAGAAGGAAAACUGUUUAGGAUGCGCUUUUUAUGGCCACUCGAUCUCCGAAAUCACUUUACAGCCAAUGAUGUAUUUUUAUUGAAUCACAGUUGUAAUACAGGACGCAUAGCAACCAAUUUGCAUACAGAAAGCUCCCACAAACAACACUGUGACAACGGGUGAACAAUCCAGGCUCCUCUGUGGUAUUGACUGAGGGAUAAAUAUAUGCCUAGACCCCGGAGAGAACACGCCCACUCUUUGUGAAAGUGCCAUGGCAGCUUUUACAUCUACCUGAGUGGUCAGGUGGGAAUUCUAUUUAAAGUCUCAUCUAAAUGAUGGCACCUCUGAUAGUGCAGCACUCUCACAGUACCAGAUUAGGAGCAUAGGGGGUAGUGACAACUUCAAAUCAUUUUUUGGUGGAUUGCUAAGCUUUUGUUCUUGCCAUUGUAUGAGAAUUAGAACAGAAUAUCCUUUAUUGUCACUUGUACUCAAGUACAGGAGUACAAUGAAAAGUUUUACAAUGUCACCUCUUAUAGCGCCAUCCAUAAGUACCGAGGUACAAAUCUUAGAUACAAAAAGAGGAAUAAAGAAGAAAAGUAG